CGCAGCUCUAGAGUUUGUGCAAAAAGGCGCGCUUGCCAAUUAAACAAAUCAAACUCGGUGUUUUUCUCAGAUUUCUCAUAAAUUUCGCAUGCAUAAAUAAAAUGUCACUUUGGGUGGACAAAUACCGGCCUCGGGAACUAACAAAGUUAGAUUUCCACAAGGAACAAGCCGAAAACCUGCGUAACCUAUGCAAGCAGAGCGAUUUUCCUCACCUUAUGUUCUACGGGCCAUCGGGCGCCGGUAAGAAGACGCGCAUUAUGUGCCUGCUUCGGGAAAUGUAUGGAGCCGGCGUGGAGCGACUGAGGAGCGAAACAAUGACCUUUACAACGCCAUCCAAUCGCAAAGUCGAGGUAAUGACUGUCAGCAGCAACUACCACUUGGAGGUGAACCCUUCGGAUGCGGGCAUGUACGAUCGGACGGUGGUCAUCGAUCUGAUCAAACAGGUGGCACAGACCCACCAAAUCGAGAUCAAUGGCCAGCGGGAGUUCAAAGUGAUUGUCAUCUCGGAGGGCGAUGAGCUGACCAAGGAUGCGCAGCACGCUCUGCGUCGCACCAUGGAGAAGUACGUGGCCACAUGCCGCAUCAUAAUGUCUGUCAAUUCGACAUCUCGCAUCAUUCCAGCCAUACGAUCUCGUUGCCUGGGCAUUCGUGUGGCUGCGCCGUCUGAAGCGGAGAUGACGGCCAUUCUGCAGAGCACCUGCAAGCGCGAGGGCCUGGUCCUGCCCGUCGAGCUGGCCAAACGGGUGGUGGACAAAUCGGAGCGCAAUUUGAGGCGCGCUCUGCUCAUGCUCGAGGCCGCCAAGGUGGCCAAGUCACCGUUUACGGCGCAACAGGAAAUCCCCGACCUGGACUGGCAGGUCUUUCUGCGCGAAACUGCCUCACAGAUCAUCAGCGAGCAGACGCCCGCCAAACUGGAAAAGAUACGCGAUCGCCUGUACGAACUGCUGACACAGGGCGUGCCACCCAAUCUGAUAUUCCGCGGUCUUGUCGAGCAUCUCGUGAACAACUGUGAUAUGUCCAUCAAGGCUAAGACGUUGGAGCUGGCCACCGAAUACGAGCAUCGAAUGCAGAACGGCGCCAAGCACAUCUUCCACCUGGAGGCAUUUGUGGCCCAAUUUAUGAGCAUCUACAAAAAGUUCACGUCCGAACUGCUCAUGGAUGAAUUUUAACACAUUUAAUUCGAAAAACUUAUACAUUUUAUGAACCU